GACAAGGAUCAUAUGACUUGUUUCAUUGCUAUCGCGAAUCUUGUACCCAAUUCUUAUUAGUUUUGUUGUGUACGGAGAUCGCUGAUUGAGGUGUAAAUUUUGAAGAAUUAUGGCUAGCCAAACUCAAGGAAUUCAACAACUUUUAGCCGCAGAGAAACGGGCUGCUGAAAAGGUUUCCGAAGCAAGAAAACGUAAAGCCAGAAGAUUGAAGCAGGCAAAAGAGGAAGCACAAGAUGAAAUUGAGAAAUAUCGCAAAGAACGAGAACGUCAAUUCAAGGAAUUUGAAGCUAAACAUAUGGGCUCCAGAGAAGAUGUUGCCUCAAAAAUUGAUCAAGACACAAAGAUUCGCGUAGAUGACAUGAAUAAGGCUGUUUCAUCUAAAAAAGAUCCUGUGAUCCAAGGAGUUUUGGAGCUUGUGUAUGCAAUAAAGCCAGAGUUACACAAGAACUAUCGUGCUUAAGCAAUAUCUGUUUAAUAAUUGGAAUUUUAAUUCAUAGUACUGUGAAGAUGAAGUAUUUACUUAAUAGUUGAGAAGGCAUUCCUUUUUGUAUUAUAUGUUAACGCAUUAUUUACUGAACUUUAGAAAAACCUGUACACAUACUAAAAUAAAUGUAAAUUGUUGUAUCAUUGUAACUAUGUUACAAAACUUUAAAUUUUA